AUGGAUCAUCAACGCCAUUAUCUCUACUCAAUCGCCGAGGAGAUUACACCGCAGGAUCAUGAGAUUCUCCUCCACGGUGGUACAUCUUCCAAUAUUGAACGACUUCCCUCGCGCCUCCAAAUCAAAAAGACGCAACCUCCGAGGAGUAUGAAGAAGCAGAUUGAGGAUCUGGCUUAUGAAGUCAGUUACCUGAAGGCUGAGUUAGCAUGGCAUGCGGAGUCAAAACGCGCACUGCUUCAGCUCCAGGAGCAAAUGUACCACUUAUUCUACAAGAUGGAAGACGCUUUAGUGAAAGUCAACACUCGCCUUCAGGAGGCCGAACAGCGUUACUUGAGUCUUUGGGGUAUCAAGGGACGCGUGGGGUCAGAAGAGGAGAUGAUAUGA